CAACUCGGCCGAUCGUUACCGCAAUACCAAGGCUUGGUACCGUAAUUAAGCGACGCCACUAAAUAGGCGUAUUAUCGAUCGCUCACGACGUCUUCGCCCAGCGACAACGUCCACCUGAACAGCACCAUCCUCACCGCACCCACCGCCCACCACCUUGCUCAAAUACCUCCCCCCAGGACGUACUGACACUCCACUUCUACCAGCUCUCCUAGACAUACCACCGCCAUCAUGAAUCCCGAAUAUGACUACCUCUUCAAGCUCCUCCUCAUCGGCGACUCCGGUGUAGGAAAGUCCUGCCUGCUCCUUCGGUUCGCCGACGACACCUACACGGAGAGCUACAUCUCCACCAUCGGCGUUGACUUCAAAAUCCGCACUAUCGAACUCGACGGCAAGACUGUCAAGCUACAAAUCUGGGAUACCGCCGGGCAAGAGCGCUUCCGCACCAUCACGUCAUCCUACUACCGCGGUGCCCAUGGAAUCUGCGUGGUGUACGAUGUCACCGAUAUGGACUCGUUCAACAACGUGAAGCAGUGGCUCCAGGAGAUCGACCGCUACGCAACUGAGGGCGUUAACAAGCUGUUAGUGGGCAACAAGUCCGAUAUGGCUGACAAGAAGGUCGUGGAGUACACAGUGGCAAAGGAGUUCGCCGACAGCCUCGGAAUCCCCUUCCUCGAGACCUCCGCAAAGAGCGCCACGAACGUCGAACAAGCUUUCCUCACCAUGGCCCGACAGAUCAAGGAGCGCAUGGGCACCAACACCGUCAACAACAAGCCUACGGUCCCCAUCGGCCAGGGCCAGGGCGUCCAGAGCGGGUCGGCGGGCGGCUGCUGUUAGACGGAGAUUGUCGUGGAUGAUAUACACAUUCGGGCGCGGGUGUUUGCUUGGGCGGGGUAUAUUAAUGCUGAUGGGUUCUCACGAUUGCACCGUCUGUCAAAUUCCCUCGAAUUGUUCUAUGCAUGGCUAGAUGGUGGUUGUCCCUUUUUUGAGCUUGGAUUUUCCGCGGGUUUGUCUUGCAGCCUCUGUCUGAGCUGGAUUGGGGAUCGAGGGUGAACAUUCUGGUGAGGGGAGAGGAGGGGAGGUAUGGUGGAAGUUGAAGUGUUGAAGAAAUUUGCUCACGACAGACUACAAGGACACGCCGAGCUUCU